CCAUUUUCGCUUGUAUCCUGUUUGGAUGUCGCACAUUGAUGACGUAACACGUGUAUCUAUGAGCCGUUAACGUUAGCUUGUUUUUGCACGUCGUUUGUUUCAACCACAGACUGAUUUCACAACACAAGGAGAUGUCAUCUUUGUGUGGCACCAGCAGUGGCUGCCAAGAUGCAGGUCAAGAGGCAGCAGAGAAACAGGCGAAGGAACAUCCGCGUGUACUCAUCCCGGAGUUAUGCCGACUCUUCUACCACCUUGGAUGGGUGACGGGAACGGGUGGAGGGAUCAGUCUGAGACAGAGGGACCAGAUCUAUAUUGCACCAUCAGGCGUCCAGAAAGAGAGAAUAGAGCCAGAUGACAUGUUUGUGUGUGACGUGGAGGAGAGAGACAUCAGCUGUCCACCUGCCUGGAAGAAAUUAAAGAAGAGCCAGUGUACGCCGCUUUUUAUGAAUGCCUACACUAUGAGAGGGGCAGAGGCAGUUAUACACACCCACUCCAAGGCUGCUGUCAUGGCAACUCUGCUGUAUCCUGGCAGAGAGUUCAGAAUAACACACCAGGAGAUGAUCAAGGGGAUACGUAAGGGCACCUCAGGCACCAACUAUCGGUUUGAUGACACCCUGGUGGUGCCUAUUAUUGAAAAUACACCAGAGGAGAAGGAUUUGAAAGACCGGAUGGCUCGGGCAAUGGAAGAGUACCCAGACUCGUGUGCAGUGCUCGUCCGUCGACAUGGUGUUUAUGUCUGGGGAGAGUCAUGGGAAAAAGCCAAGACUAUGUGUGAAUGUUACGACUACCUGUUCGACAUCGCUGUCCAGAUGAAGCAGUGUGGUCUUGACCCUGCAGCCCUUCCAAUGGAAGAAAAAGGAAUAGUCUGACACUCUCUGGUGCCUUUUAAAGAGACGUUUGUUCCAGAAAGGUCAGUGGAGUUCAGUAAGGAGAGCGGAUUGUAAUCAUUUGCCUUUCAUGCCAGCCGCCUUCAAAUUUGAUGAAAUUUGAUGAUAAGGGCAGAUUCUGGGUUGAAGGAGAUUGAAUGCCUGUGAUCCAGAAGCGCCUGCAGGUGCGCUGCAAAGCACUGUGGGACAACUCAUGAGUGAGCAUCUGUCAGAUCAUUGUCCUCAGGUUCAAAAGCUUUCCCAUUCAAGUUUGACUGCACUGGAAUCAAGGUCUCCACAUACAGCAGGCAUGAACAUACUGUGCAUUUCAACUGAUCUGUAAUGGUGGAAAUAUGCAUUUGCUUCAACCAAUAAAUAAUUAAUGGAGGGAUGUAAAA